UAAAACGCACAAAGGCAUCGCGGUACCUCUCUCAGCUCGUCACUCGUUACAUUCUUCGAUUAAUCAAACGAUAAAUAUAAUAAAAGCUCAUCAAUCAUAAUUUAAAUUCACGACAACCCAUCACCACAACUCACACUACACAAAUGACAAAUUCAAUUGUAUGCAGUAAUUAAUAGUAAUUUUAUCAAAAAAAAAAAUUCAUAUCAAAGUACUCGUGUCUUUUUCCAGUGUAUCAUAUUUAUUUAGUGCAAAUAUGAAUUAUUCUUCGUGACGAAGUUUUUAAAUUAAAUAAAAAUCCAAAUUAAAUCGAUCGAACCGACAUAUUCCGUGAGAAUUUUUAUUAAUAACAAUUAUAUGAUUUGUGAGUGAUUUUAUUUGACUUUAUUCGUCGACAGUCCAACAACAAAAUGGAUCGAUUAAAUAAAUAAUUGAGAGAAUCCAUGAAUUUUCAUAGUUAACGUUUCGGUACUAAACAUUUUAAAAUCAGAAGUGAGCAGUAUGGAAAUAAUUACGAGUAAUUACAAGUAGUAAAUCGUUAAGACGUACCGAGACGUAAAGACGUAAAGACGUAAAAGGAAGAGAAAGAGAAAGAUAUUGAUAGAAAAAAUAAAAACGUCUAGAAAUAAAUCGUUUGGUAUCGGCAAGGUGUGAGGAGUGAGGAAAACGAUGAAAUUUAAUCCGAUAAAAUGUUGUCAUCUCUGGCUAUUAUGGGCAUUAAUUGUUGUUGUAAAAGCACAAACGUCUCAGCAUUGCCCACCCCCGGCAUCGAUAAAACCGUGCUCAUGUUCAGUGAAGAAGUUUGGACUUGAUAUAAUCUGUGAAUAUACCGAUCAUGGACACAUAAGCACAGCCAUGACAGCCCUGAAGGGCCAGCAGAACACCAUAAUAUUUUAUUUAAAACUCCGUCAUAACAAUUUGCCCAAACUGCCAGGUUUCAUUUUUCUGGGACUUAUUGUUCAACAUUUGACAAUCCACAACAGCACAUUGGCAGCUGUCGAGGAAUCAUCUCUGAGUUCUAUCGGCAAGGGUUUGACGCAAUUGGACCUCUCGCAAAAUUCAUUGGUAGCUGUGCCAUCAGCAGCAUUGGCUAAUCUUCAUUCUCUGAUGAUUCUUAAUUUAAAUCGAAAUAAAAUAAAAGAUCUUCGUAGUCGCUCGUUCGCUGGAUUGGAUACAUUAGAAACAUUGAAUCUCUACGAGAAUAAAAUAACAACAAUUGAUCAGGACGCGUUCACGGGUCUCGAUGAUCGUAAAUUGAAACGUCUGAAUUUGGGAGGAAAUUUAUUGACAGAUGUACCUACAGUGGCAUUAGCAUCCCUUGAUGUCCUCAAGAAAUUGGAGAUGCAAGAGAAUAAAAUAUCAUCGAUAACCGAAGGAAAUUUUGCUGGCUUAAAGGGACUCGAUUCCCUCGUUUUAUCGCACAAUCAAAUUCGUGAAGUACCAGCACGUGUUUUUUCUCAUCUAACACAAAUGAAUUCUCUUGAACUAGACGGAAAUCUAAUCACUCACGUCGAUCCCGAUGCAUUCAUCGGUCUAGAGGAAAAUCUUCAAUACCUACGGCUUGGGGAUAACAAUUUGCAUUCUGUCCCGAGUGAUGCUCUGCGCAGACUUCAUCGGCUUCGGCAUUUAGAUUUGAGAUCGAAUAACAUAACGAUUUUGCCGGAGGAUGCAUUCACUGGUUACGGUGACUCCAUCACUUUUCUCAAUCUUCAGAGGAAUUUAAUUAAACAUUUGCCGCCGAUGAUUUUCGAAAAUUUGAAUUCCCUCCAGAUAUUGAACCUUCAGAACAAUAAAUUAACUCAUAUACCUGAAGAAAUCACAGAAACAGUCAUCGAUACAUUAACAAUGAUCGACAUAACCGAUAAUCCAUUAAUCUGUACGUGUGAUCUCCAAUGGUUCUCAGGCUGGUUGAAAAAUCUUCAAGAUAAAGAUGACGACAUAAUGUCAAAAAAACGAACAGUCUGCACCAUGAUACCUGACAAUCGUGAAUACGCGGUGCAAAAUAUUCCUUUAGAAAAAAUGGGUUGCGUUGGUAAAAAUGCGGGUCGAGUAUCAUCAUCUGGAUUUGUUACCUUUCAUCCAUCUUUGGAUGUUAUUCAAAUAUUUUUAACAGUUGCAAUGAUAAUGCUGUUGUAAAUUUAUCAUCACAAUCAAAUCAGCGAUUGAAUUAUCUCCUGUUAUUAUUUUAAACUCAAUUUUUAAUAUCAAUUUAAUCGAUUGAAUCCACUCACGCUUAUUUCUUCAAACUUUGACAAUCGAAAGCCACGUGAGAGAUUGGUGUUCCGUUCUGAUGGUUUAUUUUUUUUUAACAAACAAUAGUGGCUGUGUGAUAGAUAAAAAAAUGUAUCGAUGAUUGACUUGUCUCGAGAGCGACGAUAUGAGCAAUCAUUGAUUCCGCGAUUAAUGAAAGUAAAGGGCUUUUUUAAUUAUCCUAAAUGAUACAUAUCACCAAUGCCAAUUCAUAUUUAUGGAAAUAAUUGUCCUCUAUCUUUCCUCUCACUUUAUCUUCCACCAUCAUUUUAAUAUAUAUAUAUAUGUACCGGUUUUAUCGGACGCCGAAAAUACAUACGAAUUUCUUAAACAUAUCACAAAGCGCGUUUCAACUUCCUCGAAAGCAACAAAUUAUAAUAUAAAAAAUUACAACUACAGAAAAAAUAAUGUGAAACUGAAUUUUCUGGGGGUUUUUUUUUUUUUUAAUGAAAUUGAAUGAUUUUUUAUCAGUUAAAAUUUUGGGAUUAUGAUCUUCACGCGAGGAUGAGAUGGAAAUGAGAAAGAAAAAUGGUGGAAUUUUUUCUAGACUCGAGUUCCCUUUAACUUGGAUCAUAUUUCCUUUAUUUAUAAUACCGAAUGGAAAUUACAUAAUGACACUUAGCUUGAUGAAACGUAAUAUACUUAACCGGAAGUGAACACUUUGUCCAAAGCAACAGAACUCAGA